AUUAUUGUUUUGUGUUUUUCUUUCAAUCCUUUUCUCAAUCGAUCGGAACUUGUUUUUAUUAAUUUCUUCUGUUGGUUUUGUGUAAAACCCUUUCCCAUCAUGGAACCAUCCAGUACGGCGACGUCAACCACUAUGGAAAAACCAGCAGCGAAGACUUUCGCCGAAAAACACGCGGAACGGAUGGAGCGCUUGCGAAAAUUGCACAUGCAGCGGAACGAAGCACGGAACUCUAACCACCAGGAAGUAGUCGCCGAGGACGAACGGAAAAAGCUUCCGACCAACUGGGAGGCACGGAAGCGACAAGCCGACUGGCUUAUCGAUGACAGCAAAGCAAAGGCGGAAGCAGAAGCCAAAGGAUUGGAUUAUAAUCGAGUUAAAAUGAUGAAAAUUUCUGCAGCUGAAGCGGACAGAUUCGACAAGCUGAAAGCGAAGAAAAGGAAUGCUGAUCCGGGAUUUUCUGACUAUGAAGCUCAGACAGCCAGGCAGUACAACCGGCUUAUUAAAACCAUGGAGCCAAGGGAUUUGGUGAAGUAUGAGGAGCAGAAGGAAAAGUAUGGUGAUGCGUUUUAUGGAGGGCCGAAUGUGGUAUUGCAGGGAAUGCAUAAAGACUCACCGAAGGCUGUGGAUAAAAUGGUAAAAGAUUUGGAGCAGCAAAUUGAUAAAAGGAAGAAGUUCUCACGUAGAAGAACACACAAUGACGAUGCCGAUAUUGAUUACAUCAAUGAAAAGAAUGCUCGGUUUAACAAGAAGCUGGAACGGUUUUAUGGAGAGCACACGACAGAGAUUAAGCAGAAUUUGGAACGGGGAACGGCGAUCUAAAAAGAUGUUUUAUUUUUAUCUAAAAUAUUUCUCGUAAAUCAUGUAACGGGAGAAGCUUGCAAAUGUAAUGGGGUAAUACAUGUUCACCUAUUGUAAAAAGUUUCCCAGUGUGUCAUUUAACUGCUAUACAAUAAAAUGAUGCCCAACUGA